AGAAAAAACCUAAGUGGUAAAUAGAAUUCUUUGUUAAGAAAAUAAAACCUUUGUGGAUCAGACAAAAUGGAGGAAACGCCCGUAAUGACCCUGGGGUUGCAGCCUCCUAAAGGAUACAAAAUUGAAGAUGCGGAGGCUUGGAAAAAAUACAAGCAGAUGUUCAAUUUAUAUAUACAGGCCACGGAUUUGGAACAGGGGACUGAUGAAAAAAAGGUAGCCAUUUUCUUAACCUGCGCGGGAGAAGAUAUUUUAGAGAUUUACAAUGGUAUGAGUGACACUGCUACGUUAAAAUGGGUUGAGUUGCUUAAAAAGUUUGAUGACCAUUUUAAAAACAAAACUAACACCGUCGUGAACAGCUACAGAUUUUAUAAUUUACGACAAGAGCCAGAUGAACCGGUUGAACGAUUUGUUUUAAGAUUGAAGAAUGCAGCCAAGACAUGUAACUUUAAAGAAGAAGAUAGAAUGGUAAGAGAUAUGUUAGUGAUAGGUGUGAGUGAGACGGGCAUUAAGGAGAGAUUGUUACGAGAGAAGGAACUGAGUUUGGAUACGGCACUAGAAUUAUGCAAGGCUGCUGAAUACAGCAAGAAAAAUGUAAAAGAGCUGGAAGAAAAAGUACAGUCAGUAAAUAUGGUAAGAGAAAGUUCUCGUUAUAACAAAGAUGUAAAGAAACCGAUUCAUUACAAUUGCAGUUAUUGUGGUAAGAAACAUGAGCCAAGAAAAUGUCCUGCGUAUGGGAGAAGAUGUACUGUGUGCAACAUUUAUAACCACUACGCAGAAAUGUGUAGAUUUAAGAAGAAAGAAGAGAAACCGCAGCAAAAACAAAGAUCCACAAAAAACAAAGUUGAUGGCAUCAGGGAAUCUACAAAUGACAGCGACUGCAGUUCGGAAGACUUUGUAGUAGACUCUGUAAAAGUGUCUUCACAGUACUAGACAUGAAGGAUGGGUUUUUUCAAGUGAGUUUGGAAGAUGAACAAAAACUCUGCACCUUCGGUACUCCCUUCGGAAGGUAUUUUUUCAAGAGAAUGCCAUUUGGCAUUUCUUCGGCUCCAGAGGUAAUGCAAAGAAUAAAUACAGCCAUAUUUAGUGAUAUACAGGGGGUAAAUGUGUAUUAUGAUGACAUAAUUGUCGCGGGGGACAGUUUAGCAGACCAUGAUAAAAUUCUCAGUGAAGUAAUAGAUAGGGCAAGGAAGUUCAAUGUAAAAUUUAAUCCAAACAAAGUUCAGUAUAGAAGUGAUUUUGUUAAAUAUGUAGGGUUGUUAGUCUCAAAAUCAGGAAUUAAACCUGAUCCUGAACAUGUAAAAGCUAUUGUGGACUUGAAUGAACCAAAAAAUGUUAAAGAACUACAAAAGUUUUUAGGUAUGUGUAAUUAUUUAAGUAAGUUUAUACCACAAUACUCCAAAACAACUGAAAAACUUAGGGAUCUAUUAAAAAAAGAUGUUUUGUGGGAUUGGGGUACAGCACAAAGUCAAGCUUUUGAAGAAAUAAAAAUGAAAAUUAGUAAAGCCCCAACCUUAGAUAUUUUAAAGAGAGACGGUUU